UAACACGCUCAAAAAGCGAAGCUUUCUCAUUCUCCCCUCUCCUUCACCAACUUCAACAUCCCAUCGAUCGGUUUGCCCGCAACGGACAUCUGCAGCAACCUGCACCUUAUCUCAACAGCCUACCUCUCAGCCGAGAGCUGAUUUCUUAUCGACUUUCCCUCUCCGCAUUGUUUCACAAUGAGUGCACUUGCAGCACCGCAGCCUCAGAGGCCUGUUGGUGGAUCUCUCGUCGGCUCCCUGUCGUCCAUUGACGACGCAGAAGGAGCCGACGAGCCUGGCGAUAGUAGUAGCACCAGCAUUCCGGGCGCUCACUUUGAGCCGGGAAGAAGUGUCGUGCAAGCCGGGAUGCCAUGCCGCACUGAGGAAGAUGGUGAGGGGACCAUCAAAGGAAGGGCUCGGGAGCCAACCAUUUCGCACGCGGAUCUCGCCUGCAAGCCAAACACCGCUCUGGAAAUUCAAACACGCUUUUCGCAACCCGCUUCACCUAUGAGCCACUCUCUGUACGGCUCCUCUCCCGAGCACAACCGCUCGCAUGAUGGCCACUUGCAUCCAUCACCUCUGCACCUCCCACCCUCGCCCAGCUGCAGCGUAGCAUCGUCGAUGGGCGGUUAUUCGCAAGCUGAGUCCGACUACGAACCAUUGGAUAGUCCAUCAUCUCUAUCAUCUUGGAAUAGCUUCGUUGCUCCCGGCGUACGUCGAGGCGAUCUGGCAGAUGUUGAAGAUCUGGACCUCGACGGCGGCAGCAUUCUUGAGCCUGAGCUGGAGACAGUCAGCGAAUGCGACGAAGAGAAUGCAGCUAGCUCCGCCGACAUUACUGUCAGCCCCAAGCCAGCAACGUCGGAGGGCAAGGAGGCCACGUCGAAGACUCCCGCGCCUCGUCAUGGGCUUGGGCUGGAACACGGAAGUGCCUUUGCAGGCCGGCGUCGCGUCUCGGGAGGAACCGCACUUGCUUCGCACGCUGUCCAACACGCUACGCAGCACUCUGGCAUCUCUGCCGCAGCUCCACUCUUGCCUCACUUCUCCCCUCGAAACGGCGGUCACGGUCUUAGUCAUGCCUCUCGACAUGUCAUGCGAGCUCCACCUGGCCUAGCUGCUCGACGGCGCAAAGGUCGAGUGGCGGAGCUGUUGGAUGAAGGCACCGCUGGUGAAGUCACAAGCACUGCUCCUCCGUCCUCAAAUCCAACCGUCAACGAUAUUGUAGCAACGCGCGAUCUGGUGCAAGCCGAUGUCAGCACGCCUACCGUUCUUAGCGCGAAGCGCCGUGCUUCGCGUGGCUCAGUCGGACCCGCUCCUUCACGCAGUGCUGCUGCAACGCCCCCACUUUUGGUGACGCCGCCAACAUCCACAGAGGAGGAAGUAGAGGCUUCGCCCGCGACUCCAACGCCUUUCUCCCACAGCCAAGCUUGGAAUGAGUUUGAAUUCACCGGUCCGCCUGCUCUUCCACCACGAUGCGUCAGCCCUAGUGAGACUGUUCCGGCGGUGCCAAGUCCCCUCUGCGAGUGCAUUUCCGUGGACGAAGAAGCCGCCCAGACGCAAGCGGAAAACAAGGAGGACAGCCCAGGCAUCGACGCCAGUGUUGAGACUAUCAAGCCACACAAUCACGGCUUGAUCGCCCCAUCUCCGCUCUCCAAGGCCGCGGUCAUGCCAUCCCUGGCUGCCAAGCUUGAAGCAGCCUCUGCCGUGCCUGAAACCGCGGACUCGGAACGCCACGCUUCGGCGCCAGCAUCUCCAACCCGCACGGCAACUGGGUCAGACGUCUCUUGCACCAGGACCGCUUCGUCAAUUGCAGAUACAUCGCCACCGACAACGCCUCCUGGCACGCCCAAUCAACGUCCGCGCUCCAAUUCUGGUCGUGAUCGCCGAAGCUCUUCGCCGACCAAGACGAAGCCCAAGGUGCCUCUGCGUCCAUGCUUCCGUCGCAGAGCAUCUGCACAAUCCACGCAAAGCAUGGGCAGACUCAGUAGUUGUGGCAUGCGAAGCGGUAUGGAUUCAUCCUCGGAGAGCGAGAGCGUCACCUCUACCGCCAGUCGCGGGCGCGCUCAUGUCCGCUUCAGCCCUGGCCCACCCGAGUCUUUCAGGACGCACAGCCCAGUGGAGUAUGAUCGAAAGGCUUGCCUUCCCAGCAAUCGUCUCAGCCCCGAGGAUGUGGAGGAGCUCCGAGACAUGCACGUCGAAAUGGGUCUCUUGGAAGCGAAGUGGGCGGCCAUGGCAUCCAGCAAGACGCGGACUGCUGCUCAAGCUGCCUCUUCCAGCGCCGUCGCUGGAUCAGAAGACGAAAGCGCAACGGAAGAGGAUCAGCAGCCCAUCGGCACCGGCGGCUCGCUCGUUACUGGAGAAGAUGGCUUUCCCCUGUCUUCUCCAUCGUCGUCUCUGCUCGCCCCUCCUCCACUCGGGGCCGCAUCGAACAACGACCGCAAGCGCGCAGACAGCAUCGCCAGUUCGUCCCCGAGCACGUUCUGCCGCAACCGAUUCACCAUCGACAGCAGUUUGCCAAACUCGCCCGACCGUGCAACAGAUAAGGCCGCAGUCUCGCCGGCCGAACACUUGCGCUUGGAACGCGAAAAGGAAAGGGAGCGUGCUCUCCGUUUCGCUGGUAUCGGCACUGGCACAGGUUUCCGCUACAACUCCAGGAGUCAACCAAAUGGACCCGGUGGCUGCUUCUCUCGAGGCUAUGGCGAGCCUGGCGCACCGGCUGGCCGCCAAACGUCACCCAUCAUCGGCGCUGCUAGACCCGAAGUAGGCUGUUGUCCACGACCGAGCGGUGCAGCGAGCGGUGCCGUCAAUCCUUUGAUCGCAAGAUUCGGACUCAGCAAGCCGCCACCACCUUUGCCUGGCAUGUCACGCCCCACAGCAAGCGCUCCGUCGAGUGUGUCAGGAAGCCCGAGCCCACCGAAUGUGCCCAAAGACCUUUACGAUGGCUCUGCAGCCGGACGUGGCAGUGCAGCUCGAGACUACAGCGCUGGAAGCUCGGCGAGUAGUCGCACCGUUGGGGCGAGGGACAUAUCUCGGAGUCCGGAUCGCGUGAGGUCGAGUGCGGGUGGAGCCGACGUCGCCCGGAGAACACAGUCGCCGGGUCAUCUCGCCCUCCACAAGUCCAACUUUACCAGCAGCUCGAGCGGCGCGCCUUUCGGCAAGGACUUCUCAUGUGGACGUCCGACGAUCCAAGAUGCUCACGAAGAGACAGAGACAGAGGAAGAAGGUGGUGAUGACGACGACGACGACGGUGGCAACGUGUCGCCAAGAGGUCGAAGCAAGGCCGUGUCCGGUAGCGCACUCGGCAAGGCUGCGCUCUCGAACUCGAGACCUCCUCUUGUAACGCCUGCACUGGUUCAGACCAGUCCAAGUCCCAGUCCCAGUCCUCCACCAGCAGGCAGUCGCACGAGUGGCGGUCCAACACGCAAUGGAACCAUCAAAGCAUCUCAGUGGACCGGUCCUCGUACUUCCUCGACCACUUCUACAAGCUCCACAGUCUCCUCGGAUGCAUGGAGCAUUGGCAGCAGCACGGCCAUCACGACUCCAACGGCUUCCAACCCGACCACGCCAACUUCGCUCUGGCCUUCGUCGUACCCCACAUCCACCUGCGGCUACGACUCCCCUGCGUCUGCAAGCGAGUUCUACGAGAGUGGUAGCGAGUGGGAUUUUGUCGCCUAGUCUUGUCCCUGUCAUUACUCCGAGCAUCGCUCAACUUUGUACAACAACGCUCUCAAGUGGCGCUCGAGCUGCGGCCUUGGGCGUGCAAGAACCAUGCCUUCCAUCAUACGAACGAACGCUCAUCAUUCUCUAUUCUCAUGUCGGGUCUGGCGGUCGCAAAACCACCCAUCG